CAGGUGGGGCAGGGUAUGCCCAGCCUGGGCCCACAGUCCACAGUGAGUGGACAGAGGGUGGCCAGUUUGUUGUUUUACCUAAAGGCGUUUUCCACUUGGAGUAGGACCAAGAGGCACAGGUGGCUGAGGGGACCCGCCUGGGACGUGAGGCACAGGUCUGCUCGGCCCCCGCAUCUGUCUGUCAGCAGUGACAAUGAAAUAUGUGCCAGAAGUCAAGAAGUCCCCGCCGCACCUCCUGAAGCAGUUCACAGUGUGUGACAUUCCUCUGUAUGACAUUUGUGACUACAACGUCUCCAGGGACCGAUGCAAGGAGCUCGGGUGCUGCUUCUAUGAAGGCGUCUGCUACGAGAAAGCGGUUCCCGUUUACGUGCAAGUGUUCUCCGCCCUGAUUGUGAUCAUUGCCGUAGCCUUCGUCAUCACCAUCAUCUACAGAGCUGUUCAGGAGAUCAGGAGAGAAAAGGUGGACGCCAAGCUGUCACAGAAGUCCAGUGAAAAGGCGGAGAUUGCCUCAUCCAUCAGCAAGCCAGGGCUGAAGCCUCUGGGUGCUGGGCCCUCACCUGGUGAGGGUGACAAGGUGAAGAGUGACGAGGCUGAGGAUGACGUAACAGUGAUAAUAACAGAAGCUGAAGAAACUGAGGACUGACUGAAAUACACGAAGAUGUGAGGUUGGAGAAUUCCCCAAAGGAAAUGGCACAGCAGGUGGACUGUUAUGAGACCACCCAAUGAGAGAAAGAUAAAGGGAUUUUGAAAAU